AUGAAACCAGUUAUGAAAAUAAUAGAAGCUAUGGAAACGAAUUCGCCGACUCUAAUAACUUACAACGCUGCAGCCGGUGCAACUGCUGGUGGGGCUGCUGGGAUAGCCAAAGCUGUCAACGAUAAGAAAGCUGAAGCCGCUGCAAACGCCGAAGCACGUAGACACAAUUUGGUAAUGGAAAGAGAAGCACGAGGGGGUUCGGGAGUAGGAGAUAUAUUAGGGACGGUUAAAGAAUUCGGACAAAGAUUUGGCGAAGAAACCAAGAAAACCGUUAAAGAGGGAUUAAGCAAAUUAAUAGAUAAAAUCGACACCGGAGAAAUGAAGGUCAAACACAAGGGCGACGCCAUAUUUUUAAAAAACAUACGUUCGGGCGAGGGAAUCUUCCUUUCAAAGUAUAAAGGCAACGGGGUGAUUUUUGGUUCUGGGAAAACUCAUCUCACUUUUAACAUGUUGACAACACCAAACCUUUUAGAUUUCGAUUCUCUGUAUAUCUACACAACAACACCAGAGCAAUCGUAUUAUCAAUUCCUCAAAGCUUUGGAAUAUUUACCAAAGAAAGACGUUCAAGACAUAUUUCAAUAUUACGAAGAAAACGAAGAAGAAGUGGAAAUAAAAGAUAUCAUAGAAAACUUCACUAAAUCAAAGAAUCCAUCUUUCAAUCCAACGGAUAUAAAAGUUUUUCUUACGAAAAAUGUUAAUGAUCUAGACUUGUCUAAUAUUGAUAGCAAUCGAAAGAACUUAAUAUUGUUUGACGACUGCGUAGCGCAAAGAAAUCAAACUGUUCAACAAGAAUUCUUCACCAAAGGAAGACAUCACAACUGUCACUGCAUAUACCAAUCCCAAUCUUUUUACGGGAUGGAUUCUAUGUUCAUUAGAAAAAAUGCAAAUUGUUUUUUAUUAUUUGAAUUAAACGAUAAAGAUUUAUCUCAAAUCAUUCAGUCUAUAAAUCACGGAAUGGACAGAGAUACAUUUAAAAAGGUUUGUAAAGCUCAUGAUCAUGGAUAUGUAUUUGUAAAUACUAGAAAACCUGCGGGAGAAAGAGUUAUGAUCGAUAUAUGUUAA